AUGAUACAACCCCACGAGCAACUCAGGGCACAAUGUCUCUCAGCCGCGGAACAGAUUGUCGCCGAGUGUGCCACGCUCUCAAGAACCCAUGACGACGCCUCAUCACAAUCGUCAUCCCCAAGCUUAGCAGGCUGUAGUGAGCCUCUUAUUCAGCUCCUCCAUUGGCAAGCCUCCCAACUAUUGAAGCUGUAUCAAACCAACCCCUCUCAACAAGAAUCUCCCGGGACUAGUAACCCUGACCGGGAGAAAACAAGAACGCUGUUGCUCAAACGUCUGGACGAUCUCAUCUCAGAAUCCUACGCCAAGUUCUACGCUUAUCUAUUUAGCGAACUGCCGGUGUGCUGGCGACAGUUGUAUACCGAUGCGAGCAUUCUCAAGUUUGGAUUGCUCUAUUUAUCAUGGCCGGCUCUGGACGUUUCCGAAACUGGGUCGGAAACGGGGAAACACCUAGAUGAGAUGGUCAAGACGCUAGACCUGGCUAUCAUACUCGCCGGGGCAGCCGGCGAAGCACGAGGCAGGAGGUGGAUCGAUAGAGCUUUUGCUUUACUCGAGGAGAUCUGGUUGAACUCGCCACCAACAUCCCACACCACAACAACAACACCAACCUCAACCGAACGAGAACCAAAACGAAUCAAAAUCUCACCCACCAGCAAUCAACCAGUACCCCCCAUCCAAAACGAACCCACCCCCUCCUUUUCCACCCACGAACCCUUCACACCCCCCGUCACCCGCCCCAUCCGCCGCGUCCACGACAUCUCCUUCGAAGACUUCCAAACCUACCUCGACACGCGAGAGCCCGGCCCACUCGGCCCACUCCCGCUCAUCAUCACCGGCCUACUCACCGACUGGCCGGCCCUAACCACCCGCCCGUGGCGAAAACCAGCGUACCUCCUCUCACGCACGUUUGGCGGCCGCCGGCUCGUGCCUAUUGAGCUGGGCCGGAGUUAUGUGGAUGAUGGGUGGGGGCAGCAGAUUGUCCCGUUUGGAGAGUUUUUGGAGAGAUAUGUGGUUGGUGAGGAGGCCGCCGCCGGGGGAGGGGGGUCGGGAGGCAUCAGGUCCGGUGAUUUGAAGGAAGGUGGCAGGGGUGGGAAUGGUGGGAAUAAUAGCAAGACGGGUUACCUCGCGCAGCACCCUCUCCUUUCCCAUCUCCCUGCCCUCGCGCGGGAUAUCCUCAUCCCAGAGCUCUGCUAUACCAGCCCACUACCACUUCCUCUUCCCUCAUCAUCAUCAUCAUCAUCAUCAUCAACCGCACUUCUUCCCCAAACCGCCCAUGACUACAACGGCAAAGAAGAAGACGACGAAGGGAGCUUCCCCCACCUCAACGCCUGGCUCGGUCCCGCCGGCACCAUCACCCCGCUGCACACCGACCCCUUCCACAACCUGCUCGCUCAAGUUGUCGGACGCAAGUAUGUGCGGCUGUACGCGCCCUGGGCUGGCACAGACACCACCCAUCCCAACAACAACAGCAGCAGCAGCAGCAGCGUUGCCGGGACCGCAAACGCGAGUGAUGAGAAGAAGAACAAGCCGGCCGAAUCAUGGCUAGAAACUGCUGCAAAAACGAUGCGAGCACGCGGCAAAGAAGGCGGGGUGGAGAUGGGGAAUACGAGCGCGUGGGAUGUUGGGGUGGUGGAGGGUUGGGAUGUGCCGCCCGUUGGGGAUGAUGAUGAUGAUGACGACGACGACGAUCAUGAUCGCGGUGGCUUGGGGGGUAAUAGGAACGGGGAGGAAGAUAAACAUGGGAGUGACAAGACUUCAAAUGAGGAGGAGGAAUUCAAGAAGGUUGAGUUUUGGGACUGUAUCCUGGACGAAGGGGAGGUUUUGUACAUACCGGUUGGAUGGUGGCAUUAUGUCAGGGGGUUGCGUGUGAGUUUUAGUGUGAGCUUUUGGUGGGAAUGA